GGAGAAGAAAUCAUAUUUUUACCCCGAUAAUCCUGAAAAAUCUCAGCAUUUACAAGCAAGCCAUAAAAACACAAAAUUGUCAGAAGACACGCCUAAAUAUAUAAACCCAUUAAUAUUUGAAAUCGUGGUCUCUAAAAAUUAUUCAAAAAUAGACAGGGGAAGUAAUUUUUUCUUCUCUUUUUUUUUUUUUGAGUCAUCCUAAAUCGACAACACAUUUUUUUUAAUAUAUCAUUAAGGUAAAGAUAAGCCGUUGAAUCACAAGUAGAAAAGAUAAGCUCGUUGUGAUAUGACGACAAUUGUUUUCAUUCUCCUGUUACACAUCGUUCCAUUUUGUAUAAUUUCUUGCGAAUCAUGAGUACAGGGGAGUGGGAAGAAUUUCCAACGUAUUUGGAACUAUUCACAGCUGUGCAAGAAUAUCUGAAGAAACGCUUCCAGGAAAAUGUCGGCUUUAAUUCCAAACCUGUUGCGCAACCUGUUUACAAUUUCACUCCAGCGGAUAUUCUUUUCGUUAUUGUUUCUGCUAUAGGAUGGACUUUUUUGAGGAAGGUAAUUACAGAAAGUUUUUCGAAGCCGCUUGGACGACAUUAUGUUCUUACUCCGUCCAAUCAAUCAAAAAUGCCAGAAAGUGUCUGGAAAUUUCUUUAUUACUUGACAGCUUGGAGUGUCAACUGCUACAUUCUUAUAUUAAGCGGUGAUCAUGAAUUUUUCCAAAAACCAAGUUCAGUCUGGACUGGUUGGAGUUUAACUGAAUCUCUACCUCCUAAAAUGUACCUGUUUUACAUGGCUCAGGGUGGAUUUUAUCUACAUUCCAUAUAUGCAACAAUAUUUAUGGAUACGUGGAGAAAAGACUCCAUUAUAAUGAUAAUCCAUCAUGCAUCUACUCUAAUACUUAUAGUAUUUUCAUUUGCACUGAGGUGUCAUAACAUUGGUUGCUUUGUUCUUUUUCUUCAUGAUAUUUGUGAUAUUUUUCUUGAAUUUUCCAAAUUGAAUGUAUAUUUCAAAAGUCAAGGUGACAAAAUUGUCAAGAUGCAUGAAUGGCUCGCCAAUAUCGCAUUUCUGAGUUUCACUGUAGUAUGGUAAUGUAUUAUGUAUUCACU